UGACAUGGUAGACAAUAUCAUCUGUUGUAUUGACCUAGGUUUGGAGAGAUGCAGAUUGGCUCGCCAUAGUCUUCUUUAUUCCACGCAACCAUGUAGUUUACAAUUAGAGGGACAGCGAGCGUGCUUUUAUAGAGUAGAAUUGAAUGAACACGGAAGACGUGGACAUGUUUGGAGCAAGAGAAAGUUCCAAAGUUCUUGGCCUCCAAAGUUCCAAGUAUUCCUCCAAUUACAUUACUCGUCUUACUUCAGCAUCAUCACCAUUACUUAAGACUAGGUCAGGGUUCGUAGUAACAAAAAAAAAAUGCUGAAGAAAUCACAAAUGGAAAGAGUAGAAGGAGAAAGAUGGUGCGAGGAGUUCUCAGCUGGGUAUUACGGACUCUGUACCGCUGGAGGAAUGCUCAGCGCUGGCGUUACUCAUCUCGCCGUUACCCCUCUCGAUGUCUUGAAGGUUAACAUGCAGGUGGACCCUCUCAAAUAUCGAGGCAUUUCAUCAGGUUUUAUAACUCUAUGGAGAGAGCAAGGCCAUUCUGCUCUUUGGAGAGGUUGGUCAGGGAAACUAUUUGGAUAUGGAGUUCAAGGAGGAUGUAAAUUUGGUCUUUAUGAAUACUUUAAAAGGUUCUAUACUGACUUGUUGGUUGAUCAACAAAGGAGUGUUAUAUUCUUCCUCAGCAGUGCAUCAGCUCAAGUAUUUGCUGAUGUGGCACUCUGUCCCUUUGAAGCUGUCAAAGUUCAGGUCCAGACUCAGCCUCAUUUUGCCAGGGGAUUAACUGAUGGGUUUCGCAAGCUGUACGUGAAUGAAGGCUUUUCAGGCUUUUUCAAGGGACUCUUUCCACUUUGGGGGCGUAAUCUUCCAUUUUCCAUGAUCAUGUUUUCGACAUUUGAGCACUCAGUAGAUCUGAUGUACCGGAAGGUCAUACAGAGAAGGAAGGAAGAUUGCUCAAGAGCCCAGCAACUUGGCGUAACAUGCUUAUCAGGCUAUGUUGCUGGAUCUGUUGGCACUGUAAUAUCUAAUCCUGCUGACAAUAUUGUCUCAUUUCUUUACAACAAAAAGGCUGACACAAUAAGACAAGCCAUAAAGAAGAUUGGGCUUGUUAAUUUGUUUACGAGAAGUCUUCCUGUUCGAAUUACAAUUGUGGGGCCUGUUGUGACUCUGCAAUGGUUUCUCUAUGACACAAUUAAAGUGUUUACUGGACUGCCGACAAGUGGGGGGCUUAUUCGACAUCAGAAGGAUCCCAACUUACUCUUACAAUAAACAAUGGCUCCCUUAAGUCUGGUUUUGAGAAAAAACAUCAAUUUCAGUCAUUCUGAACUGUGCCAUGAGUUACCUUCCUCGGCGUGUUCAGCACUCUCAGUUUGUUCUUGUUUGAUGAACUACUCUGCAGUUCAUCUUCAUGAAACUCAUUUCCAUUCCUCAGGCAAUCCGAUCCACGUUUGGUUGCGACUUGUGAAUGAAGCAAGCUUAUAAGAGAAAAUAGAAAAGGAUGACUCUGUAACUGUCACAUCUUGUAUAUAAGAUACAAAUAUGUCUCAAAUUUCAUUUCAUCUCCUUCUCAAGGAGAGCUAAAGAGUAUUUGAAGCUGUAUUACGAAAUAAAAUUACUUAGUGGUAGUGUGAAAAUUGAUGCUCUGUUUGUUCGGAAGAUA